ACUGGUAAUCUGUGGGUUCUGGAGGAUCACAGAACGGCCGGUGCCCUGGACGGCCGGCGGCCGCCAUUCAUUAUAGAUCACUGUUUUUGUCCCCCCUAGCCUCUGAUUAUCUACAGUUUGCAUCCAAUCCGACAGGUGGCAGCAAUGCGCCUGGCUGUUCAUCGCCAGUCCGAUAGAAGAACGAAAGAAGCACAAAGUUGCCUUCAUUGGUUCCUUGUGGAAGCAAAAUGGCGACGAGCGUUAAUGCCCAAUAUGGAUGGUGGUGGCAAAAAAAGAAAAGAGAAGGGUGGCGCGGAGAAGGUUAGGAAGAAAAAAAUUAAAGAAACUGGAGAGCAAAGCAUUAAAAUGUCAUGAAUUGACAAAUAUUUUCGCAAGCAGCAGUCUGGCUGCAACGGCCACGUUGGGUAACAGCAGCCCAGCCCCGGCGAUGGUGAGAGGGGGCAGCCGCUCUGACGUGCAGCCGGUGCAGGGAGGGAGAAAAAUAGAGGGAAGAGGUAAUGAUAAGCUGGUGGAAGUUCGAGAGGGAAGUUCCCCAGACAAGCGCAGAGCAAGUAAAAAGGGAUGAAGAGGGUCACUUGCUCGGUAUACUGGCAAUUGUUAUCCACAAGGUAGGUACAUUUUAAAUGAAAUAAAUGACAAUUAAAGGGUUAGUGCCAGCUAGUCGAUGUACCCGUUUGCAAUCGUGUCAAGUUAUAAUAUGCUCGUCCUACUAUCACUCUCCUAAGAAAAAAUAUUAUAGCUGUAAAACAACGUAUGCACACGCAGCAGCAAUAUUAAUUCAGAAGAAAUAUAACAAAAUAUUAAUAAAAUGAAUGGUUUUACUUUAAAGUUUAGGUAGUUAAACUGAUAUAUAUUUUUAAUCAUUUAUAUAUCGUUUUGUUUUCUGGUUAAUACUUUCCAAUGAAGGUUAUGUAUACAGGAUUUGUCUUGAAAUGUUUUUUAUAUUUUCAUUGAAAUUUAUUAUUUGUAUGGCAAGAUUAAUUAUGGCAGGGGUCUCCAAACCGGUCCUCAAGGGCCACUGCGGGGCCUGGUUUUUCUUUCAACCGAUCGAGUACCGACAGUUUAACCAAUGAAGUUUCUGCUAAAACAAGCAGCACCUGACUGCAAUCAACUGAUUACAAUUGUAAGACACCAGAUUGGUGCAGAGGUGUUGUCUUGUUUUGUUGGAAUGAAAUCCUGUGCCCGCUGCGGCUCUAUGUGGAAUAGUUUGGAGACCACUGAAUUAUGGCAUAAACAAUGAAAUCGUUUUAUAGACAGAGAUAUAUAGAGAUAUAUUAUAAUCAAUUGGAUACAUGAAUGAAUGAAUGAAUGAAUUUAUUGUCAUCAUCAUCAUAAUCAUUGACAGUUUCAGAAUGUGGAAUUUGCCCAAAUACAUAAAACUUGCUUUGAAGAAUACAUUUUCAUUUGUUUAUUCAGGUCUAUCAUAGAGCUAGUACAAAAAAUGAACCCAACUCCAGUUCAGCCUUGCAGUACUUUGAGCGCCCCAAGUCAGACAGUGACAGUCUAGACAUAUUUUCUUCAUUUUCUCUUAAAGUGCAAGAAAUUGAUGCAUUUUACAAUAAAAUGUAAAAAAAAAAAAAAAAAAAAAAUUCUCCCCGAGGGUUUGGCGGUAUGCCCCCGGACACCCCUACGGGGUCUGUUUCCCUUCGUAUAGCGUAUCUUGUGGGCUGGGCUGAGUCAAAGUCCAGGGCUGCUUUUUAGUCCCAGUCCGCCCCUGGUCAAGGGUCACACAGCGACAUUGAUGGAUUUUUGAAUUUGGUGCACGCACAAGACACUCUGCAUUUUAAGGUGCACUGUUCAUUUUGGAGAAAAUUUUAGACUUCUAAGUACGCCCUAUACUCGUGAAAAUACGGUAUUUUAAGGUGAGGAUUAUGUACUCUACCUGUGAAAAAGCGCACAGUCUCUGCUCCCCAAAUUUCUAUUUUAUUUCUGUUACCAGCUAUUCAUCUUAAUCAGUACCACUUUUCCCACAAGGGUCAUGGGAGUGAUAUCCCAUUUGACUAAAUUGGCAGAAGGUGGGUACAAACUGAACUGGUUAUCAGCCAGUCGUAGGGCAUGGAUAGAUCAACAACGUUUUACCAAAUUUUCAUCAUCAAAGUCCUUGACCAACCCACCAUUUAUGUUUUGGAAUAUUAGGAGGAUACCUGAAUACCUGGAGAAAACCCACACAGGCACGUUAAGAACAUACAAAAUCCACACAGGAAGCCACACUGGCAAGGGCACCUUCAUGAACCUGGACUCGCAACCACACUUUUAAAGCUGCGUGUCGGCCUUAAACUGUGUUUGCCUUCCCGGCAGACACCUGACCCGUGGCCUGUUGGCUCCGCCUGCUGCCCGUGACAUCAGCACUUUGAUCAGCCUGAGUGCCCGUGUUCGCACAAAGCCAUAUUAACUGCGGCGAGAGCUCACAUGCCUAGAUACCUGCAGUGUAAACACACCUGCUCGACUCUCUCUAAUGGACUUAAGAUGAACGCCACCUGAAGAAGGUCCGCCAUCGCCACUUAAUCCGUGGGUUCCCAGGGACAUGAAACUCAUUCCCCAGCAAGCUCCACUGUAUGGCCGCUGCAUGAUCACAGUGCAGCUCACUGAUGAUGAGCUGGCCAUGGACGAGGUGGGUGCAGCCGCCACCGCCUGCAACUAUUUCCUGCUGUUUGCCGGCAGCACACAGAGGCACCUGAGCAGCACUUUGAGGAGCGGCCAUGACACCCUGCAGGCACUAUGUCCCGCUCAUGGUUGUUGCGAGGAGGUUUUGGUCACCCUCUGCGCUGUCACUCGUGGUGACACAGAGACUUUUGAGGAGCCGACGACGCUCUCCUCUCAUGUUACUCCUUUAGCAGAGCAACACUUCACUUUCUUACAGGACUUGGCUUUCGACAUGGCCCAGUUUCUGGUAAGCACUGUGGGCCGCACUGAUGGCCUGGAUGGGGCGCUGCUCCUGGACGAGUGCCACAUCCCUCUGAUGGAGUGCGAGCGUCUGGAUGAGAGUCUGGCUUUGGCCCUCCACCACAUACCUCUGCCGCCGGGAUGGAAUUUACUGGGGAACCAAUGUUCUGACGGUGCAGACUUGCACCCUCGGGAGACCCUGCUGCAUUUCUCUGCUCGUCGAGGCUUGGUCCGCGUGACGCGUUUCCUACUGCAGCAGCCGGGAGCGAGGGACGCGGUGCGGCUGCCAAAUAAGCAGGGCCAGACGCCUGCUGCCGUCGCAGCACUCCGGGGUCACGCUAGCCUCCAGCAGCUCCUUGCACAGGCUGAGACAGACGGCGACAUCGACCAAGGACCCCAGUGCGUCCAACCGGUGCCGACAGACGCCCGCGUGGUAUGCCGCGAACCAGGCUUGCAUACCCUGACCCAAAGCGUGUACCCGGGUCGCGACCCGCCGAGCCUUAGCCAGAGCGUGGACCAACUGCUGCAUUUGACGAGUCAUCUCCACGCCAAGAGAGCGUCUGUGCUGGAGCUGCGCUCAGAUUGUUUGCACACAGCCGACGAAUGCAGCGAGGGCAUCGAGACUGAGACGACGGGCUGCCCGAGAGCAAACGCGUUAGGAAACUCAGUUGGAAACGGUACUAGUGUCACUUGUGGAUGUGACGACAAAGAAGACUGGAGUGUGUCUGUAGUACACCCUGGGGAGCCUGGCCUCACCCCCCCUGAGGAUUGGGUGUGUCUUGAGUCUAAAAGUGUAGAGGGACAGGAACAGCCUGACACUGCAGAGAACUUAAGUUUGUGUGAAAGGCAAGAAGGAGGGAGCCCUCCGCCUGUGGAAAGCCUUCCACCGGCAGGGCGGAGUGAGCAGAAAACUGAUAGAGAAGAAGGACAGGAGGCCACAGAGGGAGAGGACUUAUCUGGGAAGGAAGUAAACGGAAUCUCUCAGAGCACAGAGGAGGAAAGCAGUGGAGAGUUCGUCAUGGGCCAGUCACCGUCGUCUGACGCCCCAGUCCGAGAGUCACACCAGGACGGCGAGGAUUUGACUCACGACUCGGACCAUAGCAACGGACCUUUCUUAAAUGAGGAGGAAGUUGAGAAUGAAGCUUUAGCGCAAGAGAACCUCCCACCUCCGGCAGUGAGUGAUGAUGUAAUCCUAGAAUCAGAUGUUCCGCCUCACGUAGAGGAGGAACCUCCGCCAGAUGUAAACAACUCCGAACAAAACCAGGAAACAGCUGGACGGGAUCACACGGGAGAGUGGCAGCAAGACCCUGAUCAGCAGACUACUUGUCGGGAGACUUGUUCGGAGUUGAACGCGACGGAGAAUGUCGACCAAGCUUUCAUAGCUGGACGGGAAACUCCAGAGGAGACAGAGUGCUCACCUGAGCACAAAUUCGACGUUGACCCCGAUUCGGGUGUAACCCACGGCCUUUCCAGUGACGACGACGUCAGCUUCCAGUCGGUUGGAAGCUGCGUGACGGACGUAUUCCACCCUACCGAGGAAAGUAUCCUCUUGGAGGAGAAGGAGCCGACUGAGGAAAUCAACGUUGGCGAAGCGGAUAACAUGACGCCGAACCAAAGCGGCACGUGUUCGCCGACUUCACUUGAACCCACAACUGGAUCUGAGGAAACUACUAUCAAUUUAGAGUCCGGCUUCCAUACAGAGGAGCGUCCAGAGGGAACCGAGGAGCUAGUGUGUGUGGAACCUUCUGAAAGUGACCUGUCACCAGGGAAGGAUGCAUCAGCGGAAUCGGUGGAAGAUGAAAAUUCCAACAGGGAUGACCAGAGUGAAGAGGUGCAGGUGAUCAUGUCGGAACAAGCCGGGACCUCCUGUGCCGCCGAGGAAUUGGAUGAGACUGACUCUUCCGUGAUCCAACGCGACGCUGAGGCGUCCUUCCAGCAGCCGCGCAAUGCUCAACACUUAGGGACCUCGCGGUCAGCAACGUUACCCGCAUUGUCCAGCAGGACGGUCAGCAGCAACAGUUGUUCCUCAACCACUCACAGAGACUCAAGCAGCGAUAUUGAGAGCUUGCUGAGUGCUGAGAAUGACGAGCCAGUGACUUGCGGCGACAGCACCAGCGAGGUUUCCAUCUCCUGUUCCUCCACGGACGACACUGCUAGUGUGGGCCUUUCCAGCUCCAGCCCCGAAGGCAGUCAGGGUCUGGGUAGCAGCGGCUGGAGCCCAGAGGAGGGCGCCCUCCGGGAGGCCUCCACCUCUACCGCAGACGGAGGAGCGGGUGUUGCCGGGGACGCCGAGGAGGAGGCCAAAGACAGAGUGACGGAGGUUCCACGACGUUCCUCUCUUGUGCGGGGCAGCCUGCGCUCCCUCUCGCCUCUUCGCCGACACAGCUGGGGACCUGGGAAGAACAAUGGAGGAGGACCUGCUAUGAACCAGAGAAGCCGCAAAGGGAAACUGACCAUUCACAGGAGAAGCUACAGCCUGGAAGGCCUGAGUGGUGGCCAAGAAGAGGCACGGCGCCCUGCCAGUCAAGGCCCCCGCAUCUUGGAACCUUCCAGAAUGCUCCGGCACGACGUUGAUGAGCGCGGCUCACUCGUGUCACUGACGGAGGAGCAAGAGGAAGCGGGACCACCGUGCGGCCUGGAAAAACAGCAGUCGAGACGCUAUCGUCCCUUGAAGAACAACUGCCCGCCAAUGACACUGCCGCUCACCAAGUCUGUAUCCAUGCUCGCCAUCAGCCACAGAGACAUUGAUGUGGUGGGACGCCUGCGGCGGAGGAGGCGGAUUUCCUUCUCCUUCAGCCUCUCCCCCAUCCUCACUAAAUCUAAGUCUCACUCCCUUUACGGUGACUCGUCCACUAGCGACGAUGACGAUAACUUCAGUAUGAGGUCCUUCUCCAGCACGUCUGGAUCACUUGCAUACAGCAUAUCGGAAGAAGAGCCCGGGUCACAGCGGAGCGAUGCAGAGGCAGGCAAGGGGGGGACCAAAGUCAGCCGCACUUUCAGCUACCUCAAGAACAAGAUGUACAAAAAGAACAGGGAAAAGGAGCGAGAUAAAAAGGAGAAGGAGGCCAAGGAGAAGGAGAAGAAGGCCAUCAACGGGCAUCACUUUGCCGCCACGGGCUCCGGCCAGGUGCCGACAAGCACACUCUGCUCCCAGUGCAAUAAGGCCCUCGGCGGCAAGGAGAUCUUCCAGUGCACGUACUGCAACUCCUGCGUGCACAAGGGCUGUAGAGAUGGCCUGGCUGUUUGCGCCAAGGUAAAGAUGAAGUUGCCCAGGCAGCAGUUUAGCACCGUGCCAGAUUCCAGCUCCUUCCCUGGCGUCACCAUGAGGAACAAAACCUGCGGGACCAGGGAACGCCCCUGGUCGGCCAUCUUGUCCCCGGAGGACCACGUAUCUCAGACGAUGCAGCCGUCACGCCGACACACUAGCCUCAUGCCUUUCCAUGGCAACAACCUGUCCAAAAGUCUCUCCAUUAGCAAUAUUGCCGGUCCGGUGUUUGAUGAGAUCCCCAUCAGGGGUCUGCGCUAUCUUUCCCAGUCCACCGACUCACUCAACAGGACCAAUGCGGUCACAGAGUCGAUGGAAUCACUCACCGAUGAAGGUCAUUACACACCAUCGCAACCAUGGACGGAAAUGAUGGACGGCCAGCUGAUGGGUGAGUUUGAGGGUGAGGCCAAGGAGAUGGAGGCCGACUCGUGGAGUUUAGGCGUGGAACAGCAGUAUCUCCAGCAGCUGGACCGCAACCUGGUCAAGAGGCAGGACGUCAUCUAUGAGCUGAUGCAGACAGAGAUCCACCACUUCCGCACGUUGCGCAUCAUGUCGGAGGUGUACAGUAAAGGUCUGCAAAAGGAAUUGCAGCUGGAGCCGCAGAUCCUAGAGCGGCUUUUCCCCGCCUUGGACGAGCUGCUUGAUUUCCACACGCAACUUCUCCUGCGGAUGUUGGAGAGGAAACGCGACAGCCUGCCAGAGGGCGGGCGCUCGGAGCAGGGCGUCGUCGUGCACAGGAUAGGGGAUAUCCUCCUCAGCCAGUUCUCGGGAUGCAACAGUGAAAGCAUGAAGAGUACCUACGGGAAAUUCUGCAGCCGUCACAACGAGGCCGUCAACCUGUACAAGGACCUUCUGACCAAAGACAAACGCUUCAAGGCCUUUAUCAAAAAAAAGAUGAGCAGCAGCAUUGUUCGGCGUCUCGGCAUCCCAGAAUGCAUCCUGCUGGUGACCCAGAGGAUAACCAAGUAUCCCGUGCUAAUACAGAGAAUCCUACAGCACACCACAGAGGGCGACGCCGACUACGACGACCUGUCUGAGUCAUUACGCCUGGUAAAAGAAGCCAUUGCUGGCGUGGACGGCCGCGUGAACGAACACGACAAAAAGCGGCGCCUAAAGGAUUUCCACAGCCGCACCGACAGCAAGUCCAUCAUGAUGAUGAAAAGCGGGCAGAUCUUCGCCCGCGAGGACCUUCUGCGGCGACGCCUCGUUCACGACGGAGCGCUGCAGCUCAAGAGCAACCAGGGACGCCUCAAAGACGUUCACGCGUUGCUCCUGUCGGACGUCCUGGUCUUCCUCCAAGAGAAGGACCAGAAAUACCUCUUUGCCAUGCUGGACCAGCGCUCGACGGUCAUCUCGCUGCAGAAGCUGAUUGUGCGUGAGGUGGCCAACGAGGAGCGUGGCCUUUUCCUUAUCACCGCAGGCAUCGAGAAACCGGAGAUGAUGGAAGUGCUGGCAAGCUCCAAGGAGGAACGCAACGCUUGGAUGCAGCUCAUUCAAGACGCAAUGCAAUCCAUGGAGCGGGACGAGGACGAAGGCAUUCCCAGUGAGACCGAAGACGACAAGCGACAACUGGAGAUCAAAGCCAAAGAGAUGAGAGAGCUGAUGAAGCAGAAGGAUUCUGAGAUCAUGUCCCUGCUGGAGGAGAAGGUGCGGCUCUUCCGGGGCAUGUGCGAGGGCUUCGGCCCCGUUGAGGAGCCCUGCCGGCAAACCGAGCCCUUCUUCAGGUCGUCCGGAGGGCCGGAGCCCCCCAGGGGGGCGCGCAUCAUGAAGGACGCUUUGCAGGAAGUGGAGACUCUGCAGACCCUUGUGAACAGCAGCCUGGGCGGGGCUAUGGCGGGCGUACAAGAUGGCGUAGGAGCGCCCGGAUCGGGAUGCCUGCCCCGACGGGCCGAGACAUUCGGCGGCUUUGACAGUCACCAGAUGCAGCUAAGUAAAAGUGGAGAUAAAGAUGAGAGCGAGGAGGCCACCAGAGACCUGCGGAGGACGGAGUCCGACAGCGUCCUAAAGAAGGGAGGAAACGCCAACCUGCUGCAGCUGCUCAAGAGAAACAGCGAGCAGGUGCUGCACAGUGUUUCCAAUCUGCACUUUCUGCUCAGCACACUGCAGGCGGUUGUGGUGCAGCAGGACAGCUUCAUAGAGGACCAGCGUCAGGCCCUGAGCGAGCGCUCGCCAUUGGCGUGCUCGUCGCGGCCGUCUUCGCGGCCCAGCUCGCUGAUCGAGCAGGAAAAGCAGCGCAGCCUGGAGAAGCAGCGGCAGGACCUGGCGGCACUGCAGAGACAGCAAGCAGCGCACGCUGACGAGCGGCGCCGACGUGAAAAGGAGUUUGAGCUCAGGGAGCGCCUGCUUGGUGACAGGGAGGCACUGCUGAACGUGCAGGAGGAGGAACUGUCCAAGCAGCAGCGGGCGCUGGACGACGAGAGGCGGGAGCUAGCCAGUCGGAAGGGGGACUACCAGAGGGACCUGGAGAGGCUACGUGACGCCCAGAGGAAGCUGGACAAGGACAGGGAAGCCCUGCAAAGACAACUCGACAAGAUGGACGAGCUGCGACGCGCUGAGAGGACUCCCUCCACCGCCUCGGAUGAGUCCCAGUUAGCGGGAAGCUGCCAGUCUUUGGAUCUGGAAACCUUAGACGCGUUUUCGUCGUCGUCCUCAUCUUCAUCGUCGCAGCGCUGCAAAGCCAAGACUCGCGGCCUCAACCCGUUCAUGUCAUCGUCUUCCUCGUCGUCCUCGAGUGUCGUGAAGACGGGCGAGACCAACAAGCAGCUCUCCAAAAGCCUAUUGCAGCUGGCCAAGAACCGCGGAAAGGAAGGCAAAGACAAGCGCAAGAAGAAGGUGAAAGGACAGGCCGCAGACUCCCAGCAACUCCCUGAUGCUCCUCUAGAUGGAGAAAUCUUCUUCUGCUGACUCUCAUGGUCCUCUCUCUUCAUCAACGAGACUUUCUAGCUAGCCUCCCGCCCUGAAGCGAUGAAGGAAGGUGCUGAUGUUCUCCCACUUCUCGGCCAUUGUGGUGCGGGAACAGCUCCAAACUUGCAGCAUGUAAGCGAACAACCACGAAAUAGCCGAUGAUAACUGCCGGCUUUUUGUUUGUUUUCCCUCCCCCUAUCUCGUAAAUACACUUUUUGGCUGGCGUUUUGAUUGGCGCGCGCACAAACACACGCGCAUACACAUACACAGCCGUGGCGUGGCUUCCAAAUGGCGCUCGGCAAACAGACGGAAAUGUCAACAAGCUCCGUAUGGCGCAGCAGCCCGAGAAGAGAAAGCAAUUUCCCAUUAAAACGCUACCACUGGAAGUGCAUAGGGAAACACGCCAAAAUAAAAUGAAACGCAUUCUGUGUGCGUGAAGGUUCCAAACAGUUCCACGUCGGUUUAAUUUGAAACGGCGUACGAGAGUUAACUGUUAAUCAGUCGAGUUGUUCAUCUUUCCGGUUUGUAUUCGGAGUUAAAUUGUCAAACAAUUGUUCAACGCUGCUGGGCACUUUGCUCACUUUUCUGGUUUUUCCUCGACUACGUGAUAGCUCUGUUGUUUAAGUGGCAAUUGAGUGAUAAAACUCGAGGUAAGGUUAAAAGAAAACUUUUUUUCAAGAUAAAAAUUAAUAGAUACCAUGUUUUAUUCAUGUUGAAUGUUGUCUUGGCAUAAAAUAUCUCCAUUGCAAGCAAUAUUAAGUUUGAAAAAGCAUUUUGUUUGUUUUUCUGAUCAAAAUCUAAAUGUGACAAAAUUCUCAAAUACAGAGUUUGUUUGGCCAAAUGUUGGAAUUUUCCUUUUAUCUGGAUCCGGAAAGUUACUUGAUUUAUUCAUGUUCACUGUUGUUGUCGUCCAAUGAAAAGCACAAAUCCAAAAUCUUAUUACAAAAAAAAAGAGAUCAAAACAAACAAGAUUACAACCUAACCCUGUUCUGUACAUUUGAAUGUUAUUUUUGUACAAGUAAAAAAAAAUGCAAAUAUGGAGGUAAAUUCACGUUAAAUGUCAUUGUCGGAAAAAAUGCACCUAUUGCCAAAUUUAUGAUUUCUUAUACAAAAAAAAUGUAUCUGAUUUUCAGAUAAUACUUUAUAAAAUCACUGAAUUAGAUGAUAUGUUUUGUUUCGCUUUAAGCUAGUUCCAUUAGCUAGUAAAAAAAAAGCAUGUCGCUAACACGUUUUGGAGAUUAAAUCUGUUUUAUAUCCAUAAAUCCAAGCAACGAAUAUUAGGACUUUUCAAAACAAAUACAACUUUCCCCAAAUAAUAUGUGUGGAAAUCACUAAAUUUGGUAUUUUGGACGACGAUGCUAACCCGCGUUAGCUUGAUUUUGAUUGUCAUCCGACACAAAGCACAUUGCAGGAAUUUUUUUAUAUAUAUACUGGACUGUCUCAUAUUCUAAUUUCCUGAGACAGUCCAGUAUAUAUAUAUUUUCUUUUCGUACACAGAAAACAGUUCAGCACAAAUCCGAAAUGUUAUGACAAAAACAAGGUCAAAAUCCAAGAAUUACAGAAUUAGAACCUCACCCUGUUCUAUACAUUUGAAUGAUAUUUGUACAAGAAAAAAAAAAAAAAAAAAAAAGCUAAUUUGGAAGUAAAUAUGAUUCACAUUACAUUUAAUUCUCGGACAAAAUGCACCUAUUGCCAAAUUUAUGAUUUCUUAUAGAAAAAAAAUUGUCUGAUUUUCAGAUAAUACUUUAUAAAAUCACUGAAUUAGAUGAUAUGUUUUGUUUCAUUUCAUGUUAGUUCCAUUAGCUAGUAAAAAAGCAUGUCGCUAACAUGUCUUGGAGAUUAAAUCUGUUUUAUUUCCAUAAAACCAGGCAACAAAUAUAGGGACCUUUCUAAACAAUUUCUAAACAAAUAUGACUUUCAAAAAAAAAAAAAUCUGUAGAAAUCACUAAAUUUGGUAUUUCAGACGACGAUGCUAACCCGCAUUAGCUUGAUUUUCAUUUUUCCACGACACAAAGCACAUCGCAUGAAUUUUUAUUUUUGUUUAGCAAGUUUAGCACAAAUCCGAAAUGCUAUUCCAAAAAAAGAUCAAAAUCCAAGAAUUACAAAAUUAGAACCUACCCCUGUUCUAUACAUUUAAAGCAAAUUUGGAGGUAAAUGUGAUUCACGUUAAAUGCCAUUCUCGGACAAAAUGCACCUAUUGCCAAAUUCAUGAUUUCUUAUACAAAAAAAAAAUAUCUGUUUUUCAGAUAAUACUUUGUAAGAUCACAAAAUUAGAUGAUAUGGUUUGUUUCGUUUUAAGGUGGUUCCAUUUGCUAGUAAAAAGCACGUCGCUAACACAUCCAUCAAACCAGGCAACAAAUAUAGGGACUUUUCAAAACAAAUACGACUUUCAAAAAUAUCUGUAGAAAUCACAAAAUUUGGUAUUUUGGAGGACGAUGCUAACCCGCAUUAGCUUUAUUUUCAUUUUUCUCCGACAUAAAGUGCAUCGCACGAAAUUGUUUUUUUUAAUUUUUUGUACACAGAAAUAUGUUCAGCACAAAUUCGAAAUGUUAUCACGAAAAAAGGUCAAAAUCUAAGAAUUACAAAAUUAGAACCUAACCCUUUUCUGAAUGUUAUUUGUACAAGUAAAUACAAAAAAAGAGUAAAUUUGGAGGUAAAUAUGAUUCACAUAAAAUGUCAUUCUGGGACAAAAUGCACCUAUUGCCAUAUUUAUGAUUUCUUAUACCAAAAAAACAAAAGUGAUUUUCAGAUAAUACCUUAUAAAAAUCACUAAAUUAGAUUAUACGUUUUCUUUCGUUUUAAGCUAGUUCCAUUAGCUAGCUAAAAAGCACGUCGCUAACACGUUUUUGAGAUUAAAUGUGUUUUAUAUCCAUAAAACCAGGCACCAAAAUUUAGGGACUUUUCUAAACAAAUACGUCUUUCAAAAAAAAUAUCUGUCGAAAUCACUAAAUUUGGUAUUUCGGACAACGAUGCUAACUCGCGUUAGCUUGAUAUGCAUUUUUCUCCGACACAAAGCACAUCGCACAAUUUUUUUUUUUUUCAAUAAUCUUUUUUGUACACGGAAAACAGUUUAGCACAAAUCCGAAAUUAUUACAAAAAAAUUAAAAUGAAAAAUAAAAAUCGAAGAAUUACAAAAUUAGAACCUAACCCUGUUCUAUACAUUUGAAUGUUAUUUGUACAAAUUUAAAAAAAUAAAUAAAUGCAAAUUUGUAGGUAAAUAUGAUUCACAUUAAAUCUCAUUCUUGGACAAAAUGCACCUAUUGCCAAAUUUAUGAUUUCUUAUACAAAAAAAAAAUCGAUUUUCAGAUAAUACUUCAUAAAAUCACUGAAAUAUAUGUUUUGUUUUGUUUUAUGCUAGUUCCAUUAGCUAGUAAAAAAGCACGUCGCUAACAAGUUUUGGAGAUUAAAUCUGUUUUAUUUCCAUAAAACCGGGCACCAAAAUUCAGCGACUUUUCUAAACAAAUAAGAUUAAUUAAACAACUUUCAAAAAAUUAAUGUAGAAAUCACUAAAUUUAGUAUUUUGGACGACGUUGCUAACCCGCGUUAGCUUGAUUUUCAUUUUUCUCCGACACAAAGCACAUCGCACAAAAAUGUUUUUUUUGUACACAGAAAACAAUUUCGUGAAAAAAUUGGACCGCACCACUAACAGGAACAUUAUUUUGUAUUACUUGAUUUACUAAAUACCUGCAGGUCAGGUAAAAGCAGACAGGAAGUGGCCAUUUUUUUCCAACGGUAAUGAAACGCUCCGGGUCACCAAGGGCUAUGACAUGGUUUUAUUGCGCAUGACCUAACGUAAAUAACUAUUAGCAUCCGGCAGCAGCUUUAUUGUGAAGGGGAAGCUAGCUUUUCCACUUCCUGUAAGGGACAAUCAGUCGAUCGAGACGCUGCCGAGCCUUUUUUUGUUUAAUUGUUUGUUUGUUCUAACAAACUAGCGGCGACGUGCACUAAAAGAUGUAAGAGCUUGCUUGUCUCAACCUGUGAAGUUGAAACAAAAAGAAAUGUACAUAUUUAUGUAUAAAACAAAUCAAAUGUAAAAAAAUAAAAUAAAAAAAAAGUUCCUUUUGUGAUUUGUUACAGUAUUUUCUAAAGAUGUUUUAUUUAUGUUUUAUGCAUUCCCGUUUUGGGGAGGGUAAACGAUGUAAAAUCUCUCACCUAAUAAAAUGUAUUCAAGACAUUGAA